AUGGGGAAAAAAGAUGAAUUCAUGAUUAAGACUAAUAACGAAGAGCAAGAUGAGCAAUGUGAGCCUAUAUCUGACGAUGGGAAUUGGGAUAAGAUUGAUCAAAAUCUUAGGGGCAUGUUAGUGGAAAGAGGUCCAAAAAGAGUUGAUGAUGUUGCAUUUCCAAAAGAUAAUUCAGAUAUGUAUUUUUCUUCUGUACAUUACAUUAGAAAAUUGCCUAAUGGGGAGACGCAAGAUAGGAAGUGGCUAGUGUACUCAUGUUCUUUGGAUACACAACAAAUCAGCAAAAAGAAAGAACAUUGGAGACAAGUGUUACGGAGGAUAAUUGCUGUUGUGAAAAGACUUGCAAAAGUUACUUUGGCAUUUUGUGGAGACAAUGAGAAGCUGUAUGAAGAGAAUAAUGGAAUUUUUUUAAAUGUGAUUGAAAUGAUUGUUGAAUUUGAUCCUACAAUGCAAGAGCACAUUCGGCGUAUUGAUACACAUGAGACUCAUUACCAUUAUCUUGGUCACAAGACUCAAAAUGAAUUGAUACAACUGUUGGCAAGUGAGGUCAAAAGUGAAAUCAUAGCAAGAAUCAAAGAAGUAAAGUAUUUUUCAGUGAUACUUGAUUGCACUCUAGAUGCCAGUCACGAAGAUCAAAUGUCUCUUAUAAUAAGGUGUGUGGAUGUUACAAAAACUCCAAUAAAGGUUGAAGAAUUCUUGGAAUUUCUAAAUGUACAUGACUCAACAGAGCGUGCACUAUUUGAUGUGCUUUUAGGUGCAUUGAGCACUCUUGAACUUGAUGUUGAUGAAAUAAGGGGACAAAGUUAUGACAAUGGUUCAAAUAUGAAAGGGCUUAUAUCUGUUCUUGAUCGGUAUAGAGAAACUGGAUUUGAAGAGGCAAUGAAUGAAGUUAAGAAAAUAGCAAGUGAGAUGGAGAUUGAGAUUGUUUUUAGUGAGAAACGCAUCAUUCAAAGAAAGAAACAGUUUAAUGAGAGUGCCAGUGAAGUGGCAACACAAUCAGCAAUUGAAGCUUUUAGAGUUAAUUACUUCAUUUAUAUAGUUGAUCAAGCUCGAACUUCACUUUAUAUCAGGUUUGAACAAUUUCAGAAAUACGAAGAAACUUUUGGGCUUUUGUUUAAUUUGAAGAAGUUAAAAGAUGUAGACAAUGAUAGCUUGAAGAGUUUUUGUAUCAAUCUUGAAGGAUUUCUGAAACAUGGUGAGCAUUCUGAUAUUGAUGGAAAGGACUUAUUUAUAAAGCUAAGAAUCUUGAGAGAAACUUUGCCGAAGGAAAUAAAUCGGGCAAUGGAAGUGCUGAAAUAUAUAAGACAAAUGGAUGGUUGUUUCCCGAAUGCAUGGGUUGCUUAUCGUAUUUUGUUAACCAUACGAGUUACAGUUGCCUCUGCAGAAAGAAGUUUCUCAAAAUUAAAGUUGAUCAAAUCGUAUCUUCGAUCAACUAUGUCACAAGAAAGAUUGAAUGGGUUAGCUAUUUUGUCAAUUGAAAAAGAAUUGGUUGAAAAGUUAGAUUACGUAAACUUAAUUAGUACAUUUGCGUCUAAAAACCCGAGACGUGUAAUAUUUAAGUAA